AUGGCCACCCAAUCCAAAUACCUCUCGAAGCUCGCCGACAAGCGGGUUCUGAUUUUGGGAGGAACCUCAGGGAUAGGAUACGCCGUCGCCGAAGGUGCUUUGGAGCAUGGCGCUCACGUCACCAUCUCCGGCUCCAAUGCCGCCAAACUCGACAAGACCGUAACUCGACUGCGCGAGGCAUAUCCGUCGCAGACAGCAAAGCAAAGCAUCACAACCCACGUCUGCGAUCUCUCCGACACUGCCAACCUCGACGCUAAUCUGAAAGCGCUGUUCGAGAAGGCCACCGCGGGCGGCACAACCAAGCUCAACCACAUUGUCACUACCGCCGGCGACGCCUUGCAAAUCCAGCCGCUGUCCGAGAUGACGCCAGAAGGUAUCUACGCAGCUGGUACCGUGCGAAUUGUGGCCCCGAUGAUGGUGGCCAAGUACAUCCCACAAUAUGUGGAACAAUCGCCCGCCAGCUCUUUCACCUUGACGAACGGUGCGCGCGGCCACAAGCCUGCGCCCGGCUGGGCCGUGAUCUCUGCGUGGGCCACGGCAGGGGAAGGCCUGGUCCGCGGAUUGGGACUGGAUCUGAAGCCCGUGCGGGUCAAUAUCGUAUCUCCUGGUGCGGUGGAAACUGAGCUAUUCUCGCACUUCGGCAGUGAAGCCGAACAGAUUCGGGAGCAUUUCCGCAAGAAUUCAACGACCGGCACUAUUGGUCGCCCAGAGGAUCUGGCAGAGAGCUAUCUCUACCUCAUGAAAACCGAGUUUGCCACGGGUAGUGUUGUUGAUGUGAAUGGAGGCACGUACUUGGUUUAG